AUGAGAUGGAUGGCAUUUCUGUGUGAAUUGCCAGAAGGUGUGCUUGUACCUUUGUGGUUGAGCAAGAAGAAUUCCAGUAGAGUAGAGUGGGCUGCUGUAUAUGGCACAAGUGAAGAUGUUGAAAUUCUGUUCCCAUUCACUUCCCCAAUUCAAGCUGUGACAAAUUGGAGCGUUGAUGGAAUAAUCAAUCACAUGAAACUGGAAAGAAAGCAACUAGAGGAUGAUGAUUUUGUUGAAACAAGAAAGUCUGAAUUGAAAAAACAGGGUGAUGAUGCAUUUGGGAAGCAAGAUUAUAGAAAUGCAUCAGCAUACUACACACAGGCAAUGAGGGUGGAUCGUUAUGAUGCUGAAUUGUUCGCAAACAGGAGUCUUUGCUGGUUCCGCAGAGGUGAUGGGAGAAGGGCUUUGCGAGAUGCAGUUAAAUGCAAGAUACUGCGGCCAAAGUGGGCAAAGGCCUACUUCCGAUACGGACAAGCUCUGAUGCUCAUGAAGGACUAUGAAAAAGCAUGUGACACAAUCGCUGAAGGUUUAGAGCUGGACCCUCUGAACGAUGAGCUCGAUAAGCUAUACUGGGAGGCAAUGGAACUGAAGAAUGUCGGCAGUGAGCGGCUUAGAGAAAGCACACGUUUACAUGCUUGA